ACUAUUUUGGUUGACACAAGUCCCCCUGUUUACUCUGGGAGCAUGGGAGCGGACAUCAGGACUGUUGUCCUUGCAUGGGGGAUCUCCAUUUUCAAACCUUGCCAUCGCAAAGUCUGUUUUCACGCCGGGAAGAAGGUAAAGAUUGUGCCAGCUCAGUGGAUUGGAGAGGAUAUAAUUUCAAAAUGCUGAGCUUCAGAGCAUUUCUAUUUGAGGUUUGUUUGAGUCUGGUUGUUUCUACGGGCUCCUGUACCUGUAAACCUCUCAAUAAUGACAUCCAAAGCGAGGACGCUGAGGGAUUCUACUCUCAGCUGUCAGAGGUGGACCUUCUGGAGGAGGAAGAUACAGACUUGAGGACGGAGACCCUCCUGGGUACCAUGAAGGAGGGCUUUUUGAGAAAACUCAACUUGUCAGAUGUUCCUCAGGAGCACAGCAAGAUCUGCCCUCCACAGUUCAUGAUGGAGCUCUACAACAAGUACGCUUCGGACAGCUCGGCAAUCCCUCAGUCUGAUGUCAUACGAAGUUUCGCUGUCCAAGAUAUCACUCUCUUUGUGACAAAUGGCACAAAGUCAAAACACAGGCUGCACUUCAAUGUCAGCAUCCCCAGCCAUGAAAAGAUCACCACGGCUAAACUACAGCUCUUCUUCUUCCCGGAUGCCAGGGCAAGGGUCACCGCCCACAGUUUCAAGGCCACCGUCAAAGUUUAUGAAGUGGAUCGCAACGAUUUGACAUCCACAACCCAGCUGCUGGUUGGCAAAGAGAUGAUAGGCUCGCAGAGUAUGUGGACAACGUUUGAUGUAACCACAGCUAUUCAGAGCUGGAUCAAGUCAAGCAAUGGAGCAACUGUUUUUGAUGUAGUGGUGGAUAGGAAAGACUGUGGGGCUCCUGAUGGUGGAGAGGAAGGAGCAGGCUGUUUAAAUAUGAGUGUGUCUGUUGGAGAUAACACUUCAGCAGCCAUGAUAGUGUUCUCAGAUGACCUGGGUAGCAGGAGGAGGGAGACAAGGAAGGAGCUAAGAGAGAUGAUUCUCCAUGAAGAAGAAACCAUCUUACACUCAGGCGCCGACUGGAACAGAGAAGAGGAACUUCAAAAUGAGAUCCCGGAAGCUCAGCAUCCACGGAGAAACAAAAGAAAGGCAGAGCGGGAAUACUGCCGGCGGACCUCACUCAAGGUCAACUUUAAAGACAUCGGCUGGGACAGCUGGAUUGUGGCGCCUCCAGAAUAUGACGCCUUCGAAUGUCGAGGCCUGUGUUACCACCCGCUGACGGACGAAUCGACCCCAUCCAAACACGCCCUCAUCCAGACACUGCUCAACAUCAGGGACCCCAAGAAGGCCAACAUGGCAUGCUGCGUCCCCAUCAAACUGGACCCCAUCACAGUCAUGUAUCAGGAGAACGGACGUCUCACUAUAAGAUACCUGUAUGAGGAGAUGAAGGUGGCUGAGUGUGGCUGCAGGUAGUUGAGGAUGGUCAAUUUGCUCUUGUGGUAGCCCAGGUGAAUGUAUAAUGAAUAAAUAAUAUGAAUAAAACAUGUCCAAGAGCGUCUAUUACAUCAGUCAUAUUUUAUAAUAAGACCUAGAGUCAACAGCCAUGCUAGCAGUUCUGAUAGCAGCUCCGUGCCCUGAUAUGCAAUGAUAAUAAAGCAUCUAUAUAUCUAUACAAAGUACAGCUGAGGCUGCGAAUUUCAUAUGUUUUCCAGGCUAUAACUGGAUCAAAAAGUGCUAGAUGAGAAGACAAACUUAUUAAAAUUCAUCCUCUGGGGAUCAUGAAUGUGCAUACCAAAAAUUUACAGCAAUCCAUCCAAUGGUUGACCAGAUAUUUAAAAAAAUAUAUCAAACUCAUGGUGAUACGAAAAGGAAAAAUCCAAAAAGCCACCAAAGUCAGUAGGAUCAAUCUUCUUGGGGUCAUGAAUGUCCACACAAAGCAUCAUAGCAAUCCAUCCUGUAGUUGCUGAGAUAUUUCAGUGUGGACCAAAGUGGUGUACCAACUCACAGACCAACAUUGCCAUAUCUAAAGCCUCACUGCUACCAUGGCUAAUAGAAUUAACUGUGCUGAAAUUACAUAUACUGUAUGAAUAUUUUUACACUGUAGCCUUGAAAUAAACUCAAAAAUAGUGAAAUGUCUUGAAUUCAGUGCAACAGAAGAACCACCAACAUGUCAAUCCUUUUCUGUUUCCAAAUGUAUAUUCAUGUGCUGAAAUAGAUCUUAUUUAGAACAGUUGACCUUUGCUAAAAUUAUGUCAUUUUUCACCUGAUAACACUAUCCAGCAGAAAACCAAAGGACACAGACAUUUUUACAUUGUAUAUUUGUUGUAUGUAAAAAGCUUGCAAUAUGUUGGCUUAAUAUGUUUUUAGUUUCAAAACUAAUAAAAAAUACAUUUUUUGUAGGAAAUACUGUAAAACGGACCAAAAUUUUUAAUAUGUAUGUAUAUAUAUAUAUAUAUAUAUAUAUAUAUAUAUAUGUAUAUAUAUAUACAUACAUUUAUAUAUAGUAUAAUAUAUAUACUGUUGGUUAAUCUUAAGCAGAUCCAUUAAUAAUGCAGUGUUUGUAAAACAAAUAAAUUGACCAGUUGGCAUUAAUAGGAUGGCAUUUAAUGGCACAGCUGUUCAUCUGCUAAUCUCAUGCUACACACAAUGUAAAUCUGUAUAUUGCUAUUGUAAGUGUUUAUAAUAAUAUAUAUAUUGUAGCAGUCUGCAAAUUACUGCCACACAGACUUGUACAGAAGGUUCUGCUUAUACCAUGGUUAGUUUUUGCAUGCUACAUUGCUGCUGUUGCUUCUACCAUAGGAGAAACUGUGUAGAAAGUUCUGUAUUGCUAUGCAGGGCAGCUGUAGCAAACGUCAGCAGUGGACAUGACUGCAAGGUCUGUAUUCAUCUAUAUGAGGCUGACAUUCUUACAAAUCAGACAGAAUAAUAGCUUAACCAUGCAGUUUCAAUCUGCCAAAUGCAUAAUAAAAUCUGCUUUCCUCUGUGUGUUAGAGCUGCUGACUCUAAUAUAACUCAAUCCAUCUAGCAUGAAGUGGAGAGUUUUUACAGUGCUGUAUGUCUCAUGAUGUCUACAUUUCCAUUUUGAGGUUUUGAUACAGUUUAUCCCGCACUUAGUGCAUUGCAUAACGUUUUGGCAUGACAUAAUGUCUUUUUCUGUCAAAUUCUUACCCCUUUAACUUCCGGUGGUGACUAUACGGUAGUGUACCAAGAGACAUAAAAACCACCAGAGACUAGCGCACCAAAUACAACUCAAUUGACACACAAGAAUACGUAAUUCCAUCUUUAUUGUCUCUUUUUUUUCCUCGCAUCUUAGUACCUGCCACUAAAGAAUCAAGGUAACAUGUUCUGAUGAAGGUGGCACAGCUGGAUCAGCUGUUAUUCAGCCUUAACAGCUGUAUUUCUACUUUUAAUGGUCUGGAAUUGAUGGAUAUAUCCACUGUCCAAAUAAAAAGAAGGAUGCAGUUACCACCACCAGCACAGAUGUGUUUUUGUCAGUGUCUGUCCAUGUUUACUCAUAAAAAGUUUGUUUUUUAUACUGUGUGCAGAUCUGUUAAACAUCAUUGUGUAUAAGGAUACUGAAUGCACAUGAAACUGUUUGUUGUGGAUCAUAGCCCUUGUAGAAUAAAAGUUAAAAUAGUG